UAUUAUUUUCAGCUUUGUAAUUAUGAUGGCCCUGCCAUAAUCAGAUGCUCACUAUACACAACACACCCAGCUAAGUCGCAGCGAUCGCCACAUACUCACCGUUUGGUUGUCAGAGCAGACAGCGAGGACAAGGAUGAUCCACAUGAGUUGCCUGUGUCACUAGAAAUUGGCUAUACAGCAGUAUUUCAAGGGAUGGGCAUUAUUCAUACAGCAAAAAAACACAUUGCAGACGAGCUGGUAAAGAAGAAGAGAUUGCGUCAGUUGGAAAUGCAGCGAUCUCGUAAUAUGAAUGUUACGAGUCUUUCAACCCGGGAGGAAAUCAACAUCCGUGCUGAAGCAGAUGCAGAAGCCAAGAAGAUGAACCUGAACAGUGUGUCCCUUUGUUUUGAGGCUUUUGUCAGGGAGAAUGGAGUCUUGCAAUCCAUCUGUUUACCAGUGUUCUCAGAGCCUAUCAAUAACAUGAAAAGUGCUCUUACUGGGGAACUUAAAAUCUGCCGCAUCGACAAGCAUGUUAGCAGCUGUUUGGGGAAUGAAGAAGUGUUUAUCUUGGUUGAGAAAGUGGGGAAAAAAAACAUCAAGAUAAAAUUUUUUGAGUUGGAUGAUGAGGACAAUGAGAUUUGGUGUGACUAUGGGAAGUUCUCCGAAUUGGAUGUUCACCACCAGUAUGCCAUAGUGUUCCGCACACCACCAUACCGUGACACAGAAAUUGACAAGACUGUGGAUGUCUACUUGCAGCUGUACCGCCCCACUGAUGGAGACUGCAGUGAACCAAUUAAAUUUGCUUACAAACCAUCAGAAAAGACAGGUCGGGCAGCCAGGAAGCGACAGAGGACUUCACUAACAGACGACAUUCCAGUGGCAGUGGUUCGUGGCCACGUGUACAGCAACCCAAUGCUUGGGCAGGCUGCAACAGUUUCUCCUUCUCCUCCUCCUCUAGCAAAUCAAGAUUGUGAUGGUUUACUUGAUCUGGGAAAUUUUAAGACCCCGCCUGACUUGUUUGAGGCUGUGUUAAAUGAAGAUGCUGCCAAUGGCAUGAACUCAAAUGAAUUCAAGGAAUUCAUAAGGAACUUGUCCUAUUCAAGUCUGGGAUCAUCAUAUGCAGAAACGUUUGAGAACACUGAAUUUUUUCAAAAGGAAGGAGCUUUUCCAAAUGUCACAACAAUGGACAUUAGCACAGAUGGAACCAGCAGGUCGAAGGUUAAGAAACGAGUCCCAUUAUCAAGCAGAGAACCAGGUGUUGACACAACUGUUGCUGCGAAAUUUAGUCGUGUAUCAAUAGAAGAGGAUAAGAAGGAGCAGCUCAGGGGCAACAUGACGAUGGAUGGUGAACACUUGGCUAAGUGGGCUGUGGCUAACUUAAAUGAGAUGCUGCUAGAAAAGCCACCACCACAGAUUUUGGCUUCGAAAGUUCGUGAAAUCUUUUCCAAAAAGAGAGAAGAUGGAGACGGGCCUCUACACUGCGCUAUUAUCUAUGACAUGAAAGAUCUCAUAAAACAGAUGGUCACUGUAUUGGGCAAGGGACAGCACAGACCAAUAAUCAAUUAUCCCAACUUAAAGGAUGAGACACCCCUUCAUCUGGCAGUGAUCCAAAACCAGCCAAAAACAGUGAAGACAUUGCUUACUAUAGGAGCAAAUCCAAAUAAUGUUAAUAGGCAGGGAGAUUCGCCCUUGCACUUGGCUGUUUCAGUUUCUCAUAAUGACUGCAUAUCAGAACUACUCAAUAGUUCUAACUACGUGCGUUGCCAUUUACUUUUAUCAGGCUGUACACCUCUGCACAUAGCUGCCCGAGAGAAGAAUCUAGUUGCAGUCAUGAAGCUUGUGGAUGCUGGAGCAGAUGUGAAUAAGAAGGAUAAAUCGCUGGGCCGCACAGUGCUUCAUGUUGCUGUAGAAGAGGGCAGUGUUGAAAUCACUGAGUAUCUCCUUCAGCAGACCAAAAUAGAUGUGAAUGCUGCAAACUAUGCUGGAAAUACUGCUCUGCAUGGGGCUGUUGUGUAUGAGGGAAAUGAAUCUUCUAAACUCUGCACACUCCUGCUUAAAUACAAGGCAGACCCUCGGUUGGAGAAUUAUAUGGUGGAACAUGAUGGAGAAGUGGAACUAUAUUCUGAAAUGAUAAUAAAAGAAGAGCCGGAGAGUGAUGAUGAUUGUGAGCUAAAAAUUGCAGAUGAUGAUACUGAGGAUGAAGAAAUUCAUAGUAAGGCACAUGGUCAAACAUCACUUGAUUUGGCCUCAAACAAGAAAGAUAUACUGGAAUUGCUGCAGACCAUGAAGCAGGAGAAUUUUGAGGACAUAGUUGAAGUGAAGGAAGAGCCCUUAGAGAGCCCCAUAUUAGAGGGAGUGCACGAAGAAGUUAAAAAUGGCCUGUUUGAUCCAGACACAUUGACACUGUUAUGUGAUCUUCUGGACAAAUCCCAAGGGUGGUUGAAUCUGGCUGAGCUGCUGGACUAUGGCUUUCUGAUUGCAAGCAUCAAAGAUUCUGCUAGUCCCAGCAAGAUGCUGUUUAAUUAUGCAGAUGUACGUGGCAAUGUAAGCAUCCAAGACAUACGCAGCUUCCUGGAGGCUCUUGAUGAACAUGAAGCUGUUGAGACAUUGGACCUGAUGCUGGCAAGGCAGGUUGCGUCUUCAGACCAGGGUUCAUAACAUUUUUUUAUGCUUUGUGAUUCAUUUUGAAACCAUGCUUGCAGUUGAAGAUGUUCACACUAAAGCGGCCCAUCCACGUACGAGUCUGGCUCAGUGAGCUUGACUCGUGAGCCAGGCUCGGACAUAUUUUGCCACACAUGCAUGGCAGACUCGGCUCGUGACACCCCACCCACAAACGAGUCUGGCUCAAUGGAACCCAAGCCGAGCCGGACUCGCAAACCAGACUCGUAUGUGGAUGGGAUGCUUAAGGGACCAGCAAGGAACACUUUAUUAUUUUAUGCAGAACCAGUAGGUUAAUAAGGAGUAACACUACACAUUGACUACAGAAGUUUCGUUUAAGUGAUGGCGGUUUUAAAAGUUGAUUGAUCAUCGUGUGUGUGUGUGUAUGUAUAUGCUUCCAUUAUGAAUAAAUUAUACCUGGUCCAGUAUUUUUGUUCGUGAAGGUAGAUGCUUAAACAGUGCCAUGAACUGUUGGUGUCUCGGUGAUCAUUGAUGAAUUGAAACUGGUGAUCAAUUGUUGUCCACUAAAUAUAAAGUCUUAAGAUGUUUUUAAGCCUGGAAAUCAUCAACAAUUUAUAGUGUUGGGGGAACUCUGAAGAUUUUUUGUAAAUGUUAAUCAUUUGGUUUUAUUUUCUAAGAUCAUGCUUUUGGCAUUUCAUAGUGUCUGUCUUAACUUUUGAAGAGAUACAGAUGUUUAUUUCCAAUCAUGUAUAAAGUGUCUUAAGUAAAGAACAGAUACAAUUUUUAUUUUAUAUUAUGUGUUGAGUUUUAUUUCCUGAAAACAUGACAGCUGGGUCUAAGAAGCCUUUCUAUUUCUUGGAAUUCUGAGUUGGCUAUGAACAUAUCUUUGUGGUUUAUGUAAAUGCCCUCUUCUAUUCUCUGCUGUCUUGACUGUGAUGGCCACUUGAAGGGAACAAGCUUAUCCAGGUGUCGCAGUGUGCUUGUUAUAGCCUUCUGCUGUUAUUUAUGGUGAUUUGGCCGGUACGAAAGACAGAGUGUAGACAGAAGAUAAGAAUAAUGGAGGAAAGUGAAAAGACAGUUGCUGAUAUUAGCAAGAGGAGAGAUGAUGGCAAAGUGUUUUCAGAUCUUACAGAAAACUAUCUUUAAUUACCAUGAGAUACCGAUACAAAAAUACAGUAUAUUUUUGUUAUUCUACCAGACUUUUGAAUGUAAUUAAAAUAUUUCUAUUUCAAAUGUAUUCACUACACCUUUCAUAUGUGGUCCACACUUAACACUUGUAUAUUUGGUGUCACUGUAUAAGAACAAAGAAGAAGAGUGUGUAUAAAACAGUACUAUAUGAAAAAAUAAAAUGUAACAUGAUUUGUGUUCCCUCUGCUCCGUA